GUAGAAGGUCGCAAAACUAACUAUAUAAAUGCUUCUUAAGCAUUAACAGUAUUAGUGUUUUUUUGUAUGGUUCUAUGCCAAUCAAACAUAAUAAAGUAUAAAAAUCAGAAGUCCUCUGUACAAAUCAGCAAUUAUGACGAUAUCUGUUCAAAUUUUUCUCUUUUCAAGUUUACUGCUAUCAGUAUUUUUUGGUACUAGCGAUUGUGAAAUUGUUUUAGAGAUAGGUGACAUUGCUGUUUUUUUUUGCGAUGAACGUGUCGUGGCAAACUGUGUGAAGUACAACGGAAAUAAUUACGAUCUCGGGGUGGGCGUAUUGAUUAGAAAAAUGUCAACGAAGCACCGGAGGUACAAAGAUUUUGUAAAUAAUGCCGAUGACGAAGGAAGGUAUAGUCUUGAAGACUCAGAAAAAAUACAUGACAUUAUUGAAUUGGACACUUGUUUUCCAUUUUUGAAUAUAUUAAGGUAAUAUUAUCCAAAUUUUGUUAUCAUACAAUUCAUUACUAUAUUAUAUGCAAUUGAAUUCCAAUAUUCUACACACAUUUAACUAUAAAUUAUUUAUUAUAGUAUUUUAUGUAGUUAAAACCAAUAAACCAUA